AGGUAAAAUGCCCGAAUGAUACCAAGAAAGAAGCUACUUUCUUUGCCUCGUUCGAUCCAUUGAAAGUGGGUUCAAUGUUAUCUACCAGAGCAGUUGACUUGCACACAGUAUAUGAUUUUUUUUUUUUCUCAUGUCGUGAUCAUAUUUUAUGGCAAAAUAUAGAUAAAUUGAUUUCAAAACUCAACAUCCUAAUUAGCAAAUAAAAUAAACCCUUUACUGAGCUUCUUAAUUCAAUCACUUUUUGAACUUGUUUCUUUCUUCGCAAAGCAGAAAAAGCAUUAGAAUUUUGAACGAUGGCUUCUGGUUUUCCUUGUUGGAGCAUCAUUAUCAUCUUUUUUAUUCUGCUUGUUCUGACGAUUGCUCAACCCUGUAGUGGUUCCGGAAGGAUGAUCUAUGAAUCAGAAUGGAAAGAAGAAGACAGAGACUACGUAAAGCAUGAUGGUGAUGUUGGUGAUCAUGAUCAGAAGAAAGCAAUUGAAAUAAACGGCCAUGAUCGCCCCUCAUCUCAGAUGGAUCCUUCAGUGAACAUUUUCGUCACCAUAAACACCCUUGAGAUUGGUAAAAGAAUGCGUCUCUACUUCAACAGCAAGGACCCUUCUAUCUCUCCCCAUCUUCUUCCGAGGGAAGAAACAGAUUCAAUUCCUUUCAGUUCAAGUAAACUCCCUUACCUUCUUGAAUUCUUCUCCUUGUCUGCAACGUCUCCACAGGCAAAAUCCAUGGCGUAUACACUUAAAGAAUGCGAAGAUGCGGAUGCAGUCAAGGAAGAAGUCAAAUUCUGUGCUACAUCAUUAGAAUCAAUGCUUGAUUCUCUACAAACCAUAUUUGGGUCAAAUCCCCAUCUCAAGGUCUUAACAACAAGAUUCAAAACAAAAUUACCAGCUACACUUUUGCAAAAUUAUACGAUUUUGGAAGCGCCUAAAGAAAUAUUUGGUGCAAAAAUGGUGGCAUGCCACACAAUGCCUUAUCCUUAUGCAGUGUUCUUCUGCCAUGGCGGCGGAGAGAGUGGUUGGAACAGGGUGUUUGAGGUUUCACUGGGCGGAGAUAAUGGGGAGUCGGUGGAAGCUGUUGUUGUUUGCCACAUGAAUACAUCUGAAUGGGAUCCUGAUCAUGCGUCGUUUCGCCUUCUCAAUGUACAGCCAAGAACUUGCCCCGUCUGCCAUGUUCUUCCCCUGGAUGAUCUUGUCUGGGUUCAGCCAAUUAUCUAUUAAAGAUUAAGUUCGCAGGAGGUUUGGUGGGCGUAUGUAUAGGCUCAUGUAUGAUUCAUCUAGUGUACAGAAAGCUAUAUAUAUGUAUAUAUGAAUCUGUUUUGAGGUGAAUCCCCGUCUGUAUAUCUUACAUUUCCAUUUUUAUCUCUUGUAUUGCCAUCUUAACCGGGCUAAUCAUGUGCUUACCAAAUUAAAUGACUUCUUAUAUAUCCAACUUUUAAUUUUUAGUAAUAGAAGCUUGAAUAUUA